AUGGUGCAAAUAAAGUUUAUUAUUGUCCUAUUAUUUAUAAUGCAGACGAAAAGUGAAUCUAGAACUUUUAGCACGAAAGUGAAAUUUAAUCAAAAAGUGAUAGCAAAGAAGGAGAUAUCAAGUUUAAAUCUAGUUAAUGAUGAAAGUAUUAGCAAAAUUGAAGCAAAGAAGUGUGACGAGUUGUCAGCACUAGUGCUUAAUGAUAUUUUAGGAGCUGCAUUUAAUUCAAGAUACAUGAGUAUAGAAGAGCCAAUGUUAGAAGAAGAUCCAGAGCCUAAAAAUAUAGCUGGUAAACGAGGAGCAAAUGACUUCAUGCCUUUUUAUGUUGACGAUACAUAUGCGAUGGAAAUUAGUGACAUGCCAGCAUGGGAAGUGCAGCAUUUAAAGAAUUCAACAGAAAAUGGAGAAACAGAGGAAGUCACAUCCAAUGAAAGUCAAAAAAGAGUUCAGCGAUCAAAUUUAAGAAGAAGAACAGACUCAGAAGGGAUUAAUAGUGGACAUCAGCAAAGUAAAAGACCUUGGGAGUGUGAGGCAAAAAUAAAAUGGCUAGAUCUUGGAUAUGAUUACUAUCCAAGAUACUUAAGGACUGUCGAAUGUACACGACAUUCCUGCUUUUAUGGACAUUUCACAUGUAAACCACGAUCCUUUACAGUAAAGAUCCUCAGACGAAGACGAGGUGAAUGUGUACAGACAAAGAACAAAAUUGGAAUUGAAGGAUUACAUGGAGAUUUAAAAGAACUUUGGGUAUGGGAGGAGAGAGCUGUAAAUUUCUGUUGUGAUUGUGCAGCAAAGUAA